AGUGCGCCUCCAAUCACUGUGGCUGGAUGUGGAUGUUGGGCGCUACCUCCAAGCAGUGCCAUCAUGAUACCGACAAAAGGCCUUUAGCAUCGCAAAAAGAAACAAGCAAAAGUGUUCACCGGCGACUCGAGAUUAUUGGAUAUGAGACAGUAUUUAUAUUUUGCGUUAUAGGUUUCUGGUGUUGAAAAUAAAGAAGGGCCUCCUCAUGCGUCCGAAAAUAGCCGGGAAGGAUGCCGUCUAACUGCGUAAACAUAAUGGCUUUGGCUCAGCAUCGACUUAUUGCGUGUAUGCUGCUGUUCUGUAUGGUGACUAGCAUUCACACCCGGCCCUCUAAAAUAUCGGACUUGAAAUCUAAAAUAUCAGGGGUGGAAGAGCUCUUAGGAGAAUUCCGCAAGCAGCUCCAACAGGACCAGACGUAUAGCAGGGAGGAAGAGGAGGUGGUUGACGUCUGCCUGGGUGACUUCAACGCCGUAGAGGAACACAUCAUCCGAGCGAGGGCCUCCAUAGAGCAGGGGGCCACCUUUCUCUCGGCUCCUGACCAGGUGUACAGUUGGAAAGACUGUCUCCAUGCCUGCUGCGCAGACCCCCACUGCACGGUGGCGGUGGUCCAAGAGGACAUGAGACAGUCGGACGACGGCCUCAGCUGCUAUUUGCUCAACUGCAGUUAUAGAAAUAAAAACGUAUGUUCGUUCGCAGCACAGACAGGGUUCAGCACCUACAGCCGGGCUCACAAUACAACAGGGCACGUCACCUCUUCCAGUGGCAAUGUAGAUGGGAACAAAAUCAGGAGACCUGAGGAUAAACCUAGUUUUGAAGAUGGCACGCCAGACAUGGACGAGCCGCCCCGGAGUGAUGCCGGCCAGGAUGUGGUCAUCCAGCUGCCCACUGACUGGGCCGUAGUGGACGGCCGGGACAGUGUGGACGACCACGGAGUCACUCGUUACGAAUGGGCCCUGGUGAAGGGCGACCAAGACAUCAACAUGAAGGUGACCCAUCCAGGGUUACUGAAGAUCAGUGGUCUACAUGAGGGUGUCUAUACCUUCCAGAUGACUGUCACCGACAUCGCGGGACAGAAGAGCACGGACAAUGUCACUGUGACUGUGCUGGCUCCAGAACGCCAGGCUGAAGUGUGUACAGGUAGCUGCUCCCGCUACCAGUUCAUGUGUGACGACGGCUGCUGUAUUGACAUCACCUACGCCUGUGAUGGGAAGCAGCAGUGUCCAGACCGCUCAGACGAGGAUUUCUGCCAGAGCUUUGAUGGGAACAGGAAGUCGGUGACCCACCCUGCAGGUGCCAGCCCACACAGGCCUGUCGCCCAGCCAGAGGAGACUGAGGACCACUCCAUGGCCCAGGGUGGGCCCAAGAAGACCAUGGAGGAGGCAAGACCACCUCUACCACAAGCUCCACAAGACCCACAGACCCCACAGUCUCGUGAGAGGAGCAAAGCUGUGCCCCCAGUCCUGCCACAGCCAAGUCACAGUGAUCAGGAGAGCCCUGUCAGUCAAGAGCCCUGUGCAGCUCCCCCUGCUGUGGGGCCAUGUAAAGGCAUCUUCCCACGCUGGUUCUAUGACCCUGUAGCUGAAGAGUGCAAGCACUUCAUCUACGGAGGCUGCAAGGGCAACCAUAACAACUUCCUGCAGCAGACAGACUGUGUCAAUGAAUGUAUAGAAAAACCAGGUACUGCUAUCAAGCAAAUGACCGUGGCACCUCCCCCCACCACCAAACACACAGAGUCAGUAGAGACCCCUAAAGUGACCAUGAAGUGGCCAGAGACCAAACUACUAGCAGAGAGUGACAUGUUCCCAAUAUCCAAACCACACUCAGUAGUGGGAGGACACCCAGGGCCUGAGUCAGGUGCGAUCCUGCCGUUGGUUCUGGGACUGAUCAUCACGGCUCUGUUGCUGCUCAUGAUUGGCUGUCGUCUGCGGUUGGUCCAACACAAGCUGAAGAAGGCUCGCCCCCUCACCACAGAGGAGUCUGAUUAUCUCAUCAACGGCAUGUACCUGUAGCAGCAUAGCAGGCACAUGCACAGAUAAGGCUCUACCUGUGCAGAGCACAUGCCCCUUUGCCCUUCCAGUCUCUAAAGUGCCCUUUUGUAAACAAAACAAUCGUUUAUCUUUAGUUGUUGAUAUACAUGGUUUUUCUUGCAGUUGUUCUGAACCCACUGCCCGCAAGUAGUCUUUAAAUUCGCAUUAAAUAUGUGUCAUUGAAUUAGCCAUUAAGAUAUGACCAUCUAUUGCUUCUAUGUAACUAAAUAAUCAAAGUCAUAAUUGCUCAAUGAAUCUGUGACCGCAGUGGCAGAAUCUUGUUUUUUGGGUGCCUUUUUUUUUAGUUUGAAAACCUGCCUCUCAAAAAGUCUGUGCAUGGCACUUCUAUUUCUUUUGGAUGCACCCUCCGUACUAAAAGCCCCUCAGGCAGAAACAACACAAUUGUCAGUCGACUUGUUAGCCAGGACUCAUGAUUAACAGCCUAUCAAACAUUCUAUAAUCAUGACAGUGUACACCUUUAGGUGCACUUGACUUAUCUAACUCGCCAUGCUAGGUAGGCAGAGAUCACCCUUUAAAAUUGUCCCAUUGGAAUGGUCCCAAAGGUGCAAGCCCGACCCAGCACUCCAGGGUCACGGU